AAAUUAUUCAAAAAAGAAAAUGAAAGCAUUUUGUUUCACCAAGUGGGCGAUGAAUCAACCACCAUCAUAGUCUCAUACAUUCCUCGUGCUCAAUCCCUCUCAUCACAUGAUAUAUUUAUUGAUUAACAUAUUGCAGCUGAACUUCUAAAUCAGCUGAAGAUAUGGGUUCAUCAGAAACUAUGGAUUCCGGCAGGGUCUCCGGCCAUAGGUCCAACUUUUCUCACACUUGUGCACUUUUGAGCCAAUACUUGAAGGAAAAUGGUUCUUUUGCAGAUCUCACUUCGGGAACACCCACAAUGAAUCUGUUUCCAAUGCUUGAGAAGUCUGCCCAGAAUUCGGGUCUCAUGCCAUUGAAUCUUUUUCCUUCCAAAAAGAUCGAUUCAAGUGUGGGAGUGGCAGAUCAAGAAAGAGCACCAAUGACAAUAUUCUAUAAUGGUCAAGUGAUGAGGUUCAAUGAUUUUCCAGCUGAGAAGGCGAAGGAAGUUAUUGCAUUGGCUAUGAACACCCAAAUCCCCAACAUCUUACCUUGUGCUGAUGCUAAUCCUGUUUCUAAGGCUGUUUCUGGUUUUGGAAACCAGAGACCCUAUUCUGAUUUGCCCAUUGCUAGGAGGAGUUCCCUUGUCAGGUUCUUGGAGAAGAGAAAGCACAGGAUUACAUCCAAGGCACCAUACGAGAAAAGGAACUGUGUGGGGGGAGCUUCUUCAGAGCAAGAAAAAAACAAGGAAUGGCUGGGGUUGGCUGCCCAGUUUCCAGUGAAAUCUGAGGCUCAGUUAUCGUGAUUUUUGUUUGAUCAUUGAUGUGUAUAUGCUCUGAGAGCUUGAAUUAUUAAUACUUGAAUUGGGGCAUUAGAAUGGUUUAAUGGCACUUUAUUAGAAAUAUUGACUGUUUGUUUGUGUUAUGCCAUUC